AUGUUUCCUACCGAUCCCAAAUCAACAAAAUUCGUCGAUUUAGAAUCAACUGAUUACCGUCUAAAUGAUUUAAAACACUGCUCAAGUAUCAACAGUUUAAUCGAAGAUUAUUUGGCCCCCAGUGACGGUAAUAUUCUCCUGUUCGAUCUUUCACCCAGUGACUGUCCUAUUCCAAACUCAUUUACUAUAUCUUCUCCUGCAACUUCUGUCUCGUCAUUAUUUUGUAACCAUACAAAAUCAUCCCUAUUGACUGCUAAUAGAAACUUACAUAAGAUUCAUUUGUCCUUACCUACCACAUUAUUGAAAAGGCCAAAAUUCACUUUCGCAAACAUGCUGCAGACUCUUUUCACUAAAGAAAAGAAAGAUUCAAUAUUGAAUUUGAUUGCAAAUUCAUCUAUUUUCAUCUUUUACGAUAGAAAUAGUGUCUUCGAUAAAUGCACUAUACAAACUUAUCUUCUCAUCAAGAAAUUCCAAAAUUUUCUCGAUGCAAAUGUAGAUUAUCAACUAAUACUUUUAUCUUCUGAUGAACCUUUCACUCAAGAUAAGACAGUAGAUACAAAAGAAAUGGCUACAACUAUCUACAAUAGAGAAAUCUCCGCUAAUGGACAACAAUACAGCUUAACUAUUAAUAUUCCUACAUCUGCUACAAACAAAUCAUUUAUUCGUUCAAUAAAAAAGAUUAACGUAAACUAUUCACCAAAUUCUUUGAAAAAAUAUUUUGACUUCAACAUUCCUGAUAAUCUUUUAGAAAAUGAUAAUUGUUUGCCUGAAUGGUUACGACAAUUCACUAUAAAAUCAAAUCAUGAUAAAAUCUUAUCAAAUUUAUACCAUAAAUUCCAAUUAUUAGAAGAUUUAGAAAUUGAGCGUUUAUCAAAGUGUUUGAUUAAAGAAGAAGAAGAUAAACAACAAAGAAUGGAUAGUUCAUACAUAAAUGAAUUAAAUCAAUCUUUCUUACAAUCUUCCUCAUCAUAUCACAAAAUAUAUUCCUUACAUCAUCUACAAAAACAGUUUAAAAAGAGGAAACAAGAUAAUUUAAAUGACAAACGUGUUCCUGCAUUAUUGGUUACCACAGAAGUCAAUGAGAGUCACGCAUCAAUUUCAGAUACUAACUCUUCGACGCCACUAAGUGAAGGCGAUGUUUUGCUAACUCCAUUAGACAACUAUGCCGUUUCAAAAGGUAUCCAAUCCUUUAAUAAGAAUAGAUACUCAAAUAUUGUACCUUACGAACACUCAAGAGUUAAAUUGGCCCCUUCACCCAUCUUAAACGGUAAUGGAGAAAGUAUUUGCUCGUCAGAUCUUGACCAAGGGCCAUUGGAUAACAAUAACAACAUUACCGAUCACAGAAUGAAAAAUCAACGGUACCCAUCACCUAAUGAUAUGAAUAAUCAAAAAGGUUUUAAUGUCCCAUCAUCCUCCCUCUCUAUCUCGUCCGCGAAAUCAAAUUCCAUAUCAACAAAUCCACCUACCAGUGAGGGAUCUUCAAUUGGACAAAAGUCACAAGUUGCUGAUGAUACGCUUGUAAUCGACGAUUAUUUUAAUGCAAAUUAUCUAAGCAUACCACAAAUCAAUCCAGAUUACACAUAUGUCGCAACACAGGCGCCAUUACCAACUACUAUUGAUGAUUUCUGGAAUGUUAUAAUUUCUAACAAUAUUAACGUUAUUGUUUCAUUGAAUUCAGAUGAUGAAUUACACAUGAAAAAAUGGGAUAUCUACUGGGAUAACCCUGAUAAUUCAAAUUUAAAGCACAAAUAUAACGUUAAACUAGUUACAUUAAUAGAAAAUUUCAACGGUAUAGAUGGUUUCGUCUUAAGAAUUUUCCGUGUCAACAAGAAGGACAAAGAUAAUUUCUCAAUUAUUUAUCAAUUGCAUUAUACAAAAUGGCUAGAUUCAUGUGUUGUGGACGUUUCUGAGCUUUUAAAACUUUUCCAAUGUAAGGAUUCAUUAUUACAAAAUCCUCUAGACUCCAUUGAACGGAGCAGCUUGGUGACACAGUCUGAUAAAAAGAGAAUCAAGAAUUUGACAAAACUCUCUGAAAAUUAUACCGAUGAAGGUUCACCAAUGAAUAAGUCGCCGUUACUGGUACACUGUUCAGCUGGUUGUGGUAGAACAGGUGUUUUUAUUACUUUAGAUAUUUUGACAAGUAUACUAUCUGAUGGAAAGAGUGCAUCAAAUGAAGUUGACGUAUGGAAUAUGAAGCAAGAUUUACUUUUCAUAAUAAUUAACGAGUUGAGAAAACAGCGUCUAUCAAUGGUACAAAAUUUAAGCCAAUUUGUCGCUUGUUAUGAAUCGAUUUUCCUAUAUUUUGCGUUGUUAAAAGAAAAAUUAAAAUAG